CUGGAAAGCAGUGAAACUGGUGAAGUGAAACUCUGUGUUAGUUAUCAGGUGACAUGUUGCGGUUGGUAUCCCAUAUAUGAUAUCCGUGUACGUAGUGAUAUUUUAUGGUCCAUCGAUGAAAUAUUACUGACUUAUCGCGGUUGCGUUUAUCAAAAUUGUGAUGAAGACUGGGUUAACGCUUCAUUAAAAUUAAGCACUGCACAACCUUGUCUAAGCGGUAUUAUGCCAGAGUUGGGCAGCCUUCAAGCAAUUUUUCAUAAACCAACUCCACCACCUUCAGUUCAGCCAACUCAUCCUUUUGCAAUGAAAUGCACUCAUUUCGGCAGUACUACGCCGUUAAAUACUGGUGUCUCCGAAUCAGUGAUGUCGACAAUCUUUGAUGUUCCAACUCGUAAAACAAUUUUUUCUGGCUCCGGUGAACAUAAAAUCACGUUUGCUUUGCUAGAUUUUGACUCAGUGAUGGUACAUCAGACGAUUCCAAAUAAAAAUACCAAUGUCUAUCUAGUCGCUUCAGCUAUUAAUGAUUCCCCAUACCCACUUUUAUCUGGAAGCGCAUCUGUUUACUUUGAUAACAGUUUUAUUGCUCAGACUAGAAUUAAAUCUGUAUCACCUGGUGAACGCUUUCAGUGCUCAUUGGGUGUUGACCCAGCAGUUAAAGUUGAAUAUAAGCCAGCUUAUAAAUAUUCGGAACAAGCUGGUCUAAUUUCUAAAUCCUCAUUAACCUUUCACGAACAGAAAAUCAUUAUUAAGAACACGAAAAAAGACAAAAUACUGUUGAUGUUAACGGAGUAUGUGCCUAAAUCAACUGACGAAAGAAUCAAGCUGAUUUCACCUGAGCUGGAUGUCGUAGAAGAUAAAAAUAUGGUGGGAAAAAUACUUUCUGUUGGUCGUCGAAUCAAUGCAGAUAAUAAUUUGGAAUGGACACUUAGUAUUGCUGGAAAGGCUGAAGCAAAUUUGCUGGUGAAGUGGUCAAUAGAUUAUCCAUCUACCGAAACAAUUGAAUAUAAAGAAUAUUUCUGA